AAUUCUGAAACUGAGAAAGUUUUGGUUUUUCUCUUUUGUUUGUUGUUUGUUUGUUUGUUUGUUUCUAUGUCUUUUUUCUUUGUUGUAAGAAGGCAAUGGUGUGAGCCGACCUCUGUGGCUAUUAUGUUCAAGGAGGAAUCAAUGCGCCAGUUUGAUGGUAUUGUUCGUCUUCAACUGGCAACUAUUGCCUGUUUUCAGUAGUCAUGCAAAUUUCCUCCAGAACAUCUUGUCAGAUUCUUGGCACUAACCAAGCCAUUCCUGGAGUUAUGCCAAACUUGUUUAAUUUAGGCACCGGACAGCAAUUUGGUGCUAUUCCUGUUAUGCCUGUUCCAGCAAUGACUCAACAGGCUACCCGGCAUGCUCGGCAAGUUUAUGUUGGAGGGCUACCCCCUACAGAAAAUGAACAGUCUGUUGCGAUCUUCUUCAACCAGGUUAUGGCCAUGAUUGGAGGAAACACAGCUGGUCCAGGGGAUGCAGUGGUUAAUGUAUAUAUUAACCAUGAAAAGAAGUUUGCUUUUGUGGAGAUGAGGUCUGUUGCAGAGGCCAGUAAUGCAAUGGCAUUAGAUGGGAUUAUAUUUGAGGGGGCUCCUGUGAAAGUGAGAAGACCUACUGACUCCCAUCACUUGCUGCAACUCUUGGUCCUAGCCAGCCCAGCCCCACUCUUAACCUAGCUGCUGUUGGUCUUACUCCUGGUUCUGCUCUAGGUCUUGAAAGUCCAGACAGAAUAUUUGUGGGUGGGCUCCCUUAUUACUUCACAGAAGUACAGAGCAGGGAGUUGUUGGAGUCUUUUGGGCCUCUUUGUGGUUUUGAUCUAGUACAAGAUAGAGAAACUGGAAACUCCAAAGGCUAUGCAUUUUGUGUUUACCAAGAUCCUUCUGUUACAGACAUAGCUUGUGCUGCUUUGAAUGGAAUUAAAUGGGUGAUAAAACUCUCACUGUAAAGCGUGCAAACCAGGGUGCAAAUCAACCUAAACCUGAGCAAGAGAAUUUAUUGUUCCAGGCACAGCAGAUUGCCAUGCAGAGGCUUCUGCAACCUCAAAGUGCUGCUACCAAGCUUGUAUGUUUGACUCAAGCUCUUAGUGAAGAUGAUCUCAAAGAUGAUGAGCAGUAUGAAGACAUUGUGGAGGAUAUGAGACAAGAGGUUAGAAGACAUGCCUUUUCUAGUCCCACAUUCUGCUAGAUUCAGGCCUAACAUACACAACAGAUGACUCCAUAGCCCUCUCUAUGUUCUUAUCUAUGAAUUCUGUUGCAAAAUCUUGCUGGUUCUAAAUCUUCACACAAAAUAUGCAGGUAUAUUGGUGAAUGUCAUCAUCCCACGUCCAAACCCAAAUGGAGAACCAUCACCAGGUGUUGGAAAGGUGUUUUUGGAGUACUCAGAUGUAGAUGGUGCCAAAAAAGCCCUCGCAGCAAUGAAUGGAAGGAAGUUUGGCGGGAAUCAAGUUGUGGCAGUCUUCCAUCCAGAGAAAAAAGUUUGCUCAGGGGGAGUAUGAAGGCUAGUUAGUGUCAUUUGAAUUUCACAUGAAAUGGUGGAGCUAUCAGUUUUAUACUGGCUUUCUACUUUGAUUUUCAAGUCUGAGGAAGAGAAAUGCGAGUUGGGUCUCGUCUUCGUGUCAAUUCUUGUAAAGGAAAAAAAAGGGUUUUUGUAAUAAUUUUGCUCUUUAUUUUUAGGUUACUCAUGCGGCAGGGAUUGCAAUGAUAGCUCUAAACAGAUUAGUAGACGUCAGAGUUCAGAGAUUACUAAGUCAUUAAUUUCAGUAUUCUUAGUGACUAUUAUUAACUGGCCAAAACCAUCUAUAAAACCAUUCACUUGCUAGAGGGGGGCUGCUCUAAUUUCCUUGAAAGAGGCAACCAAAAUUGUAUUAACUUUCCGGAUUCAUAAAAGUCACUACUUAAUAGACCUCUUGAUUUCUU